UUAGCGAUGGAUGAUCUCUCCUCUGGGCUUGGGCGAAACUGUACAUAUAGACGGGUUGGUGGGCAGACGAGUGUGUAUGAAAGACGUGGUGAGCAUCAACAGAUGUAAGGAGUAUAAUGCAAUUGCUCAUAAGAAGACCUGUGAAGUUGGGUAUGCAUAGGUGCAUUAUGUUCUCCGAGCGAAGAAUUCCUUCCCUUCCCUAUUGUUCUGUUCAUAGCCAGGUGAUGAUCUGCUAAAGUCAAACUCUUACAAGCUACAGAGCCUAGUUUCAUCCCAUCUCGAGCUUUUAUCUGGACUCACUACAAAACUUUUUGGGGGCAUUCACUUCUUUUUGAAGCACGUGGCUAAUCGAUUCCGAAUAUUUGGGAAGGCACCCUUUGCUCUCGCUUCCCCUUCUUCAAACUCGUUUUCGCAACACCAAAGUUUUCCACACCAAACAAUUGCUAUGAGAACUAUCGCACCAUGGACCUCCCACGAAAACCGAGCACUGAAGAGGAAACAGAUUCAUACGAGAUAAAGGAGCUUUUUAUUGAGGCUUGUGUCCGGGAAUGGCUGCCAGAAUACUUCUCGGAAGUAGUCAGCCCGAACAAUUUGCAGGCCAUGUCAAUGCUGGACUCCAGCGCUUUGGAAAAUCUUGAAGCUGGAACACCCUUAUAUUCUGGUUCUGAUCUUUUCGCGUCUCUACGCCAUGAAAUGUCCUCAGUCGCGAGAGAAAAUUGGCUCAGACAGCACCUCCGCACACAUUUACAGGAUCAGGAUUUCCAGAACAAAGUUGGUGCACGAUUUGACAAAGACUUGAGAGAUGCUGGAAUUCCGCACUUAAUGGGAGUAGGUAGGAAAAUGGUGGACAAAGCCAGAGCGCUUGCAAAGUAUCGGCUCAAGAGAAAUAUUUCACCUAUACACCUAACUAGUCAGCCCAUGGUACCUGAGAAUACGAAGGCAUUCAAGGUCACCCUCAAGACCCUCGUCGGUGGCCAUGGGGGGCUUCUCCAAGAGACCAUCCUCUAUUUCAACUACGGCACCUCCUUUCCGGUAUUCAGGACCAUGCUGCGCGAUGCCACGAAACUUUCCACGAUCCCACCAAUCGAUCUGGACGAGAAGAGUUCUGCAAAAAGCCAAACUAGCUCUAGCGCAGGGUCCGAUACCGCCUCCCAGUCAUCAAGCAAACAUCUCGGUGGAAGAAUCCAGCAACGAGACAUUGACCUGGAGAGCGAGCUCAGUAGUCUGCGCCACUGUCCUUCGACAGUUGGGACAAUGGAAAGGUCCUACGGGUCAAGCAGCGCCUUGUACUCCCAGUCGUCACAAAGUGGACCCAAUCCACAACCCAACCUCCGCUUCAGCGCUCGUGGGUACACAAUGGCAGAUGGACCUUGGCUCUAUCGAUUCUGCUGCCAACCCCCGAGAGACGUCGGUACAGCUUACGCUGAGAUCAAGGAUGAACAAUCGUACCUCAAGAUGAUGGAUGAUAUCAAAAAGGUAUCCCGCGACGAUCCAGGCAGUAAAUACACAGUCUUGAUGAUCCAUACUAUGGACAGAAAGGCCCACCUACAGUGGAGGGAGAAAGAACGACAAGAUGAGAAGGCUGACGAGGAAUUUCGGGGGAAUUGUCUCAGAGACUUAGCAAGUGCCAUCGACAAAGGUGAUGUUGCUGAUGGCCAAGUCCUCAUCGACCUCGACGAACAUAAUAGUGACGUUGGAGAAUCCUACAUGGAAUGGUUGAGUAAGGAUAUCGCACGUCAGAAGAGAGAACAGGAGAUCGCGCGCCAGAAGAGAGUCGAAGAGAUCGCAGGUCAGAAGAGAGAAGAGAAUGUCGCACGUCUGAGGAGAGAGCGCAAAAUUCUUUAGGGCAGAAAUAGGGGUACAUUUCCCAAGAAAUCGGAGUCAGCAUACUUCUUGAGGUGUUUUGGGAGUAGCAUAAUCCAGAAGCCCCUGGACAAUGCAAGUAGAAUAUCCCCGAAGCCAUUGGACACUGCUACAAAGGUGCUGAUACUCUGAGAAGUUGGGAUACGAUUCCCGUCCGAUUUGCAAAGCAAACGAUGCCAUUGC